CGUGCCGCUUCGGUACCGGGAAGGCUACUUAGAGCAGAGUUUCCACCCCCACCCACCGACUUUAAGGAGUUUAUAAAGCGGGAGUAGUGCUCCUUCUCCUCCGUGGUCGGACGAAGAAGAUUGCAAAAAGGGGCGGGGCAGAAGCGGAAAGGCGCGCAUAAAUACGAGCGGAGAAGCAGCAAAAACUAUUGGUAGUGAAAGGUUGGAGGACUUGGAGCAGGACUUGAUACAGAUGAUCAGGCCUGUAGCGGAUUCUUGCUUGUUUGUUGCACAGAUACAAUUCGGGGACGGACAAGUGGCAGCAAGAGCCGCGUGGGUGACUUCGGCUUUCUGGAAGUGAUGCUGCGCCCCGUGUUGCUGUCGCCUUGUGUUAAAAGUUGCUCCCGGAUACUUGCCCAGUUCUGGGCUGAAGGAUGUGGAAAGCCCAGGCAGCUUUCUUCGGCUUCCUAUUGGAGCAAAGUGGUUUCGGAGGCCGAGAAAAUCGUGGGCUACCCGACCUCUUUCAUGAGCCUGCGGUGUCUCUUGAGCGACGAGCUGAGCAAUAUCGCCAUGCAGAUUCGCAAAUUGGUGGGAACCAACCACCCGUUGCUUAACACGGCCAGGGGCUUUGUGUCUGACACCAGGAAUAAUUUGCAGAUGAGAGGUCUGGUGGUUUUACUUGUGUCUAAGGCUGCUGGCCCCAAUUUGUCAAAAGAAGACUCCAUUCAGAAUGACAUUGUCAGUGGGAUAUAUUCUAGCCAAAGAACUCUUGCAGAGAUCACAGAGUUGAUCCACACAGCUUUCCUUGUGCAUCGUGGAAUAGUAAACAUUAGUGAACUGACAUCCUCAGAUGGACCUUUGAAAGAUAUGCAAUUUGGAAAUAAAAUGGCUGUCCUGAGUGGUGAUUUUCUUCUAGCGAAUGCCUGCACAAGUCUUGCUCAGCUGCAAAAUACUAAGGUGGUAGAGAUAAUGUCAAGUGCCAUUGGCGACUUAAUACAAGGAAUAUAUUGCGAAAAUUCAAGCCCGGGAAAGGAAAACAUUCUCACAGACGACAUCAGAAUAUCAGAUUGGAAAGAGCAGGUUUUCCAAUCUCAUUGUGUCUUGCUGGCAAAAAGCUGCCAUGCUGCAAUGGAGCUGGCAAAGCACGCUGUAGGAAUUCAGAAGAUGGCAUUUAAUUACGGGAAGCACAUGUCUAUGUGUCACAAGCUAAAUGCUGAUAUUCAGCCAUUUAUUGAUGGAAAUUCGAAUGAUUCCCUGCCAUUUAACUUAAAUUCUGCUCCUGUAGUAUUCCAUCAAGAGUUUGUUGGAAGAGAAGUCUGGAUUAAGCAAAUUAAAGAGACUCAAGGCGAAGAAAACGUAAUAGACUAUAGCAAGUUGCAAGAUGCAAUCAAGGCUAGCAAAGGUGUGACUUCAGCUAUUGACCUAUGUCGUUGCCAUGGAAACAGCGCACUGGAAGCUCUAGAAUCUUUCCCUCCCUCUGAGGCCAGAUCUGCCUUAGAAAACAUUGUUUAUGCUGUGACAAGAUUUUCAUAACGUAGAAUUGGGAGGGAGAAACUGCUGUUCAUUUGCGGAAACAAGCCGAACAGAACAGGUGAUUGCAAAAGUCAGAUCUGUCAUUGCUAGUCCAAAUGCAUUUGUGGCUUUUUUUUAAAAAAAAAAAAGUAUUUCUGUACCAUUCACUACAUUCCCUAAUGAACACGUCUCCUUCGGAACUGCUGCAAACAAAAUUAGGGAAAAAAAGGUCAAACAGUUUUCAGUUGUCAUGCCAGAAGCACACUUGAGGCUGCACUGGUAGAAAUAAUUAAUGACACAAGCUUCUGUGACCUCAGCAAAUGGACAGGAAAUAAGUCCUUAUUGAUUGGACAUAGUCAGGGAUGGCGCCAGCAUGGUGGCCUGUGGUUUUCCUGCAGAAGAGAAGACAGAGGGGGCCAUGAGGCUGCAGGUGUUGGGAGCAGUGGUUUUUAAGCACGUUUUUAAGCGGAGUGCUUAAAAGUAGAAUUAAUGUAGCAAUGUAUCAACACAAAAAAGCAGCUUGAUGAAUUGGCAGAAAGUAACAGAUUUUUUUUUAGUCAAACUACUUCAAAUGUUUCUGUAGCACUUUCUGUGUGCCCUGAAAUAUAAAAUAAUCUUGUAACUAUUCAUGUUUAAACAGGUUACUGAAAGAGCGGUGUAAGUAUGGAAAGCGUUUACUGUGAUGUUGAAUUGUUUGUGAAAUUCUGUUCUGUUUGUGUAAUUCUGAUUAAAAAAAUGGAGCUUUAAA